AUGGCGUCCGACCAGGAGAAGAUGGAGAGAGCGGAGGCUGCUGCGUGGCAGGCGGCCUACGAUUUGAGGGGGGUCAACCGGCAGAGAGAAUACGAGGAGCGAGCUAAGUCGAACAAGGUUCCCCCGGCAUUGGACAAAGAUGAGAAUCCAGGAUCCGGGGCACAGGACCGGCCGGGAUUGAUCGGGUCCAUGUUCCGUGCGGUGGCGGAUACUGUCGGCCACAGCAAGGACGCCGUGGUGGGCAAUGGCCAUGAAGCAGCUGAGAAGACGAAGUCUGCUGCGGAGACGGCGGGAGAGAUGGCGAGGGAGACGAAGGACGCCGCUGGGCAGAAGAUGGAGUCAGCUAAAGAUACGGCGAAGGGGAAGGCUGGGGAAGUGGCGGAGAUGGCUGAAGAUACGAAAGAAGCGGCCAAGGGGAAGGCAGCGGAGACCAUGGAUAAGGUGUCUGAUCGGACGAAGGAUGCUGAUUACGCUUCGGGUAGAACGGCGCCGGUGGUGACAUUGGACAGAGACGAUCACGAUCGUCCGGGGGUGAUUAGCUCGAUGUUCCGUGCGGUUGCGGACACAGUCGGACACGCUAAGGAUGCUGUGGUAGGGAAGGGCCAGGAGGCGGCGGAGAAAACUAACUCUGCUGCCGAAAUGGCAGGUGAGAAGGCCAAGGCCGGAGAAGUGAUCGAUACGGCUAGAGAUAAGAAGGAAGUUGUGAAGGAGAAAGCAGGGGAGUAUGUUGAUUUUGCUGCCAAUAAGGCAGGGGAGACUAAAGAUGCAGCCAAGGGGAAGGCAGAGGAGUACAAGAAUUAUGCGGCCGAGAAAGCCGGGCAGACCAAGGACUACACGGUUGAGAAAGCGAGGGAAGCCAAGGACUACACUGCCGCCGACAAGGCUAACGAGGCAGCAGAUAAGGCGAUUGAGACCAAGCAAGGGUCGGAGACUGCCGGAAGCAAGCUAGGGGAUGUGGCGAGGGCGGCUAUGGAUUUCUUGUCUGGCAAGAAAGAGCAAGUUAAGGAGAAGGCUGAAGAAACCGCACAAAUAACCAAGGAGAAAAUGAGGGAGGCCGAGGAGGAGACAAGGCGAAAAGUGGAGGAGCUGAAGCUUCAGGAUGAAGCUGAGAAGGCCGACUAUCAACACCGGAAGGAGGAGGCUGAGAGGGGAAGAGCGGCGAGGGACACUAUUUACGGUGCGGCUGGGAUUGGAACCAUCAGUGACUCGAUCAGGAGCAAGUUGACUCAGCCAGGGGACGUGGUGGAGGAGACUUUGGCUGCCAGGAAGCGCGGUGGGACCGGAAGAGCGGCCUUGGAGUGAGAAGGAGGUGACGGUGGAGGAAACCCGGGCGGGAGUGGACUGGUGGCGUCGGAUCAAAUGACCGGUCAAACUUUCAACGACGUGGGACGAAUGGAUGACGAGGGAGUCGUCCGCGUGCGUGGAGAGAAGUAGAGCCCGUUGGGCCAAGUAAAUAAUGGGCCUCUUUUGUGAUGUUCCAUGUUAACCGAACUUUUCUUCAGAUGGGCUUUCUUUGUAUUCAAAAUUUUUCCGUUUGUAAUGGUACGGGCCCGAGUAGUUGGGCCCGUGUGCAUGCAACAGGUAAUCUGUAUUCGGAGAUGGAUAUAUAUUUUUCCGAGAUGGGCCCGCGUGCAGAAAG